GGCAUGAAAAUCACUUUCAACUGCUUGCAUAUAUAAACAUCUUUCACCGUCACAAUUCUAUUCUCAACCACGUCACAGUGAAAACCAACUGUACUGUCAAAUGGAGCUUAAAUUACUGCAAUAUUUAUCAACCGUGAAGCUCCUAAUUAGGGGUAUCAUAAAAUUAUUCCAUGAGAUAAUUGUAUGCUAUAUAUAUGCUGUGUGUCUUUCCUUGUCUACUGUAAUCGCAUAUCCUUUGAGCACUUCUCACCGUCAGACAAACACAAGUUUCUUGGUUACAUCCAAUGCAAAGCAACAAUGCCGCAGCUGUGUGAUCUUGUAAUUCAUGUUAAUGGUCAACAAAUAUUCUUUCUAAAUCAGAAGAUUCUAUCAGCCUAUUCAGGAAAGCUAAAGAAGAUCAUCGGGAAAGAAAAGAGAAAAUCCCAGAUUAAGAAUUUGAGUAUUGGAAUUGAUAACUUCCCCGGAGGCCCAGAUGGGUUUGAGAUGGUUUCAAGAUUCUGUUACAAUCAUGGCAAGAUCAAAAUCACAGUUUCAAAUGUGGCUCUUCUCCAUUGCUGUGCAGUCUUUCUUGGCAUGACUGAGAAUUUAUCCCCGGGCAAUCUAUUGAAACAGACAGAGACAUUUCUUGAUGGAAUGAUUCACUGGUCUUGGCAUGAUAUAAUUGCCAGUCUCAAAAGCUGUGAGUCAUUCUUCACAUGUACAGAUACAUCUGGACUUGUAGAAAAGCUCAUUCGUUCACUAUUGGAAAAGCUUGCACAGAAUUCAGAUAUUGCAACUCUUAUUGCUUCCUCUUCUUCCUCUUCAUCUUCUCCCGAAACUGCAUCUAGGUUCAGGUUUUCUUCCUCAGCUAAAACCACUCCUGAGUCAACUAAGCCAGGUUCAUCGAGCAAACAAUGGUGGUUUGAUGAUUUGAUCAUAUUACCCCCAAUGAUUAUUGAAAAGAUAAUAGCAAAUAUGGGGGCUUGUGGAACUGAUAACAAUAGCUUUAUCCUCACAAAGUUCCUACUCCAUUACCUGAAAAAUGCCGUACUUCAAUGCAAAGGUGGAGCAAAAAGCACUGUUUUGUAUUCAAGAGCAGACUACGCUGGUCUUGCAGGCACAGCUGUCCAUGGGGUGAGCAGAAAUUCAUUUUCUUGCAGAGGCCUGUUUUCAGUAUUGAGGAUAGUGUCUGGAUGUGGUCUGAGCAGAGAUUGCAGAGCCAAGCUGGAGAGAUUGAUUGGUGGGAUGCUUGACCAAGCAACAUUGGAUGACUUGCUGAUCUCUGGGCAUGAUGAUAGGGGUGUUUUUGAUGUUAAUCUGGUAAUAAGAUUGAUGAGAAUAUUUGUUAAUAGUGAUUUUCUGUCCUCACAGAAGUUGAAGAAGGUUGGCAGAUUGAUUGAUAAGUACUUGUGUGAAAUAUCUCCUGAUCAAAACCUCGAGACCUCAAAACUUCUAGGAGUUGCAGAAAGCUUACCCGAUUCUGCAAGAGAUUGCUUUGAUGGGGUCUACAGAGCCAUUGAUAUCUACCUAGAGUCUCACCCAACACUUUCAUUUGAGGAGCGAUCAAGAUUAUGCAGCUGCCUAAACUUCGGGAAGAUGAGCUUUGAAGCAUGCAAAGACCUUGCCAAGAAUCCAAGAAUCCCUCCAAAUAUUGCAGUUCAGGCACUCAAGUCACAACAUUCUAAAAUACCACUAAGUGAUUGCCCUUUCUCUGUCAAAGACGUUGAGGGUCCAAGCACGAGCAGUUCCUCCGGCCACAUGGUCUUGCACAGUGAUAACGUUGAGAGGCUUUCACAGGAGACCCAAGAAAUGAGAAUGAACAUACAGAGGAUGCAAUGUAGGGUGAUGGAGUUGGAGAACGCAUGUAGGGAGAUGAAGGGUCGGAUCUCAAAGGUUGUUAGGCACGAUGUCAAUGUCAUGAGUAGUACUCCCCCUUAUAAUUACAGUAGAUCACCUUUUCCUAGACUAUGUUGAACUUAAACCUCUCCUUCUCUCUCACAAAAGUAAGACCAGGGAUACAUGUAUAUCAUCCACGGAUAUCAAAUAAAGACUUUAAUUACAGCCU